CUCUUCUCGCUUUCCGUAGUUGAAGUCAGAACUCCUACUCGCUUUCCGUAGUUGAAGUCAAAACUCUACUCGCUUUCCGUAGUUGAAGUUAGAACUCCUACUCGCUUUCCGUAGUUGAAGUAAACAAGCUGAUAUCAUUGUUGACCCCAUCUAGCUUCUGUCAAAGCCUCUUCUAUCUUCUCGUUACCGUGGAAAUCUUCAACUCUCUCUACUCUUUAGUUAACAUGAAAUGUUUGGUGUGAAAUGAUUAAGGCUUGCAAUAAGUUAACAAGAGAAAACAACUAAACUAAACAUGAAACUGCGUGUGAGGAUAAACAAGCAGACCAGCCGGGUGAAGCUGGAGGGAGAGGAGCCAACUCUGACAGAGCUCAACGUUCAAAUCAGAGAGAUUCUUCUGCCUUCACAUGGACUCAGCCCAGACUCAGAGUUCACCUUGUCCCUGAACGGCUCAGAUCUUCUCUCUGACUCUGGUCAGACUUUGUCUUCCUGUGGCAUCGUCACUGGGGACCUGGUCUGUGUCAUCCUGCGUCCAACUGUCGCUGUGCCCUCCGCCGCCUCUACUCCCUCAGCCCGCCAGGCUGUGCCCUCAGGCUACCCUGCUUCCUCCGCUGCCUUUGCCUCCUCAGCCCGCCAGGCACCCAGCAACAGCAGCAGUAGUAGUAGUAGUACUGGGCUGUACCAAGCUGUACACCCACCAGCCCAACGCUCCAGUGAGGCCAGCAUGGGGGUGGAGCCUCAACAGGAAGUGGUCAGAGAGGAAGAAGAGGCAGGCCGGUGGGUUUGGGAACCCAUGCUGUGUGGGGAAGCAGAAGGAGGGAAGGUACCCCAUUCCCUGGAGGUUCUGUACCACCAGGCUCAGAGCAGCAGUACCUGUGAUGCCCUGAUGGUGGCAGUACACCUCCUGAUGGUUGAGACGGGCUUCCUGUGUCAGGGCUCUGAGGGGCGUCCUGGUGAGAUGCCAGCUGGGUGGAGGGCACCAGGAGGGCUGUACAGACUGCAGUAUGCCCAUCCUCUCUGUGACGACAGCCUGGCCAUGGUCCUAGCUGUACCCAUGGGACCCAUUCUGGUUAUCAACGCCACCCUGAAGGUGAAGCAGCAGGUGGAAACAGUGAGGAAACUGUCGCUGAAACCCUCCACCUAUGUGACUGACCAGUGGACAGGUGACAGCGCAGCGGCCGUCUACACAGAGCUGAGGAAGUUGUCCCGGGUCUUCAAAGACCAGCUGGUGUAUCCUCUGAUAGCUUCAGCCAGAGAAGCCAUGGCCCUGCCAGCAGUGUUUGGCCUGCCAGUCCUUCCUCCAGAGCUGUUACUGAGGGUGCUGAGACUGCUGGAUGUCUCCUCUCUCCUGGCCCUCUCCUCGGUCAACAGGCACCUCCACCAGACCACCACAGACCCGGCUCUCUGGAGACAUCUCUACCGCCGAGACUUCAGGGACUGCCAAGACCUCAGCCGAGACAGAGGCACUCAGUGGAAAGAGCUCUACAAGAAGAAGUACAAGUGGAGGAGAGAGGCAGCCAGUUACCCCCGCCACAUGCCCCGUUACCACCCUGUCCCCCCACCCCUCUACCCCCUCCACCCCCUUCCCAACAACCCCUUCCCCUUCUACCCGCCUGGCAUCAUCGGUGGGGAGUACGACCAGAGACCCGGCAUCCCCGGUGGUAUUCUGCCCCGCCCACGCUACGACCCUAUUGGUCCGCUCCCAGGUCACGAUCCCACAGCAGGAGGGCUGAUUGGACGAAGGGGUCUGAGACCUGCUGGGAACCGGCCGGCUGACAUCAGAAGAGGGUUCAUAUGACCCCCCCCACC